AAAUUGUAGAUGAAUUUAUUUAUAUGAGAAAAGUAAAUAAAUUAUUUUAAUUUUGAUUUAAUUAUGUGAAAUGUAAAAAAUAUUUGAAUAGAGAAUAAAUUACAACAGUUGCGCCGUAGUUCAGUCACUUGUCCUCUAUUAGAAAUGGCGUAAAAUCAAGCUACAUGUUUUCGUGACAAUUGAAUAUUAUGAAACAUUAAAAGCAAGAAGGAAUGCUACAGAAAAUAUGAUAGGACAUUGUUAAUUGUAUCUUUUAUAAUGGAUAUAAAUACUGUGGAAGAUGAAGAUGUAUCUUUCCAUUUGGGGGAAAUGUUUGAUAGUUAUGAAGAAUUGGAACAUAAAUUGGAGAAAUUUUCAAAGCGUAGCCUAGUCCACUAUUGGAGAAGAGAUAGUAGAACAGUUAGCGGAGCUCAUAUGAAAACUGCUCGUCCCAUUAGCGAGCGUUUAAAGUAUUACUCGGUCAAAUAUGCUUGUAUUUAUGGUGGUCAAAAGUUUCUACCUCGUGGAGCUGGCAGAAGACAGUCUCAAUCGAUAAGAACAAAUUGUCCUGCUCAUAUUAUGUUAAGAGCAUCAAAAGAUGGUACAAAAUUAGAGGUAACUAGUGUCAAUAAUGAACAUAAUCAUGAAAUUUCAGAGGAAUUAUUUAAGAAUCUUCCACAAGAAAGGAAAUUAUGUGGCGAAAUUAAGCAGGAAGUACAAGAUCUUAUGCAGUUACAUAUUGAUCGUAAAAGAUUGAAGGAAUAUGUACGAUUACGAACAAACAAAAUACUUAGAUCCAAAGAUUUAUUUAAUAUAGCAGCAGCCAAUAAACAAAAAAGGAAUAUAACACCUGAGAGAGCAUAUCAAUUGUUUAAAAAAAUUCAUGAUAUAGAGAAGAUGCAAGGUAAAAAUAAUGAUAGGAAAAUGUAUUCUGAAUCUGAAGAUGAAAUUGCACAGACGAUAAAAAGGAUGAAAAAGGAACAAGAAUCUCCUUGGGGACAAGAUGGAUUGCCAACCGAAUUGGAAGUAAGCGAAGGAAAUGACGGUGAUGAUUCCUACAGCGGUCAAUUAACUCAAGAAGAAGUAGUAGAUGAAAUUGAUACAACAGAAGGAGAAUUAUUAAGGGCAAAUAAUGAUGGGGAUAUUAUAGCAGCAAAUGGUGAAAUUGUAGGGGAAUUAGUAAUGCAAGAUGGAGAUCCAUCUGUAAUUGUUGAAUCCAUCGUAAACGCUGAUGGUUCUGUUUUUGUAGAUGAAAGAGAAUUUAAUACUUAUUGUAAUAAUCAUUUGUCACAUACUGUAGAUGGUAGUCAAUCUCCCAAUACUAGAGAUAUUGAAACUAUCGCGUCUACGACUGAUAUGGAAAAAGUAAAAGGAACAUCUACAUCUCCGAAACAACAAACUAUCAGGUCUCUUACACCUCAAUCGCAACAACAACCAGUAAAAUCACCAUCAAAUACUUUUGAUGAAACUGCAGAUUCUAGAAUAUGGAUCAUGAAAGAAGCUACAAAUGUUGAGGCAGAGCCUGAUAGUGAACCUGAGAGUGAAAUAAUCGGUUCAAAAUCAACGACAACAGUAAAACCAGACGUCGAUACACCUGAAGUAAUAUUUUCAGAUGAAGCUAGUGCUCAAUUACUUCAGGAGCAACUAGCAGUUCUUCGCGCAGAGAAAGGAAAAUUAUAUCAUGAAACUGAAAUGUUAAAACUUAAAAAGGACAAGUUAAAAUUACAAAUGAACUGUUAUUCGAAUGAGAUACGAAAGCAAGAAAUGGAAAAAGAGAAAUUGAGGCUCGAAAUUAAAUUGUUGCAGUCAAAAGUUAUGGAAGAUUCUAACGAUGUUUCUCAUUAUAUUUUUGUACCUUGAGCAAUAUUUGGUGGUCAAAGAAAUGUGAUUAUAACA